GACUUUGGACCCGCGUCACUCUCCUCUCCUCUGCGUUUUCUUCGCCACUUGCUGCCGAGCCUCCGCUCGUCUCUCUCUCUCUACACUUGUGGUCAACAUGGUCCACUUUGCCCCCCUGGAUGUGCCCCUGCGCAGGAGACUGCAGACAGCCACGGUGCUGCAGUGGGUCUACUCUUUUCUUGGCCUGGCACCCACCUGCAUCUUCCUCUUCUUUUACCUGCUGUUCACUCGCUUCUGGCUCAUCAGUGUGUUGUACGCCAUCUGGUGGUUCUUUGACUACGACACUCCAGCACAUGGAGGCCGCAGGGUGCCUGCCUUGUGUGGACUCAAAGUUUGGGAUUACAUGCGGGAUUAUUUCCCCAUCAAGCUGGUGAAGACAGUUGACUUGGAUCCAAGGCAGAACUACGUCUUAGGCUUCCAUCCUCAUGGCAUCCUGGUGGCGGGAGCGUUCACCAACUUCUGCACUUACGCCACAGGGUUCAAUCAGCUGUUUCCUGGCCUCACCAGCUACCUGCUCAUGUUGCCCCUUUGGUUCAGAGCCCCGUUCUUCAGAGACUACAUCAUGUGUGCAGGUCUGAUUCCGUCAGACAAAGAAAGCGCCAGCUAUCCACUCCGCCAAAGGGGAGGAGGGAACGCUGUCGUCAUAGCUGUUGGUGGAGCCCCGGAGGCUCUUGAUGCACAUCCUGGGAGUUAUAAGGUGAUGCUGGCCAGCAGGAAAGGCUUCAUCAAGAUGGCCAUAGAAAAUGGGGCUCAUCUGGUGCCAGUGUUCUCCUUUGGGGAGAAUGAAGUGUUUGAUCAGGUGGAAAACCCACGAGGAACCUGGCUCCGGUGGAUACAGGAGCGGCUACAAAGACUCAUGGGCGUCUCCCUGCCGCUCUUCCACGCACGUGGCAUCUUCCAGUACUCCUUUGGUCUCAUGCCCUACAGGAGACCCAUCAAUACAGUCGUGGGAAGGCCGAUCAGGGUGGAGAGGAUCAAAAAGCCAACGACCGAGGAGCUCGACACGAUGCACCAGCUCUAUAUGGAAGAACUCAGUAAUCUGUUUGAGGAGCACAAAUGCAACUAUGGAGUGGACAAGGACACUCACCUGGUCUUUGUCUAAACUGGACUGAGGAUGGAGGCGACAUAUUUAUUUCUGAAGCUCCUCUGCUGGAAAUGUUCAGAAAAUGGUCCAUUUUGAUUGAGCGCCGGUGUUUGAUCGUAAAAUUGUCUCGGUUAUUGAUCAUGAACGGAAUGAUUCCACUCACUGAGUCUUCACUCAGGCUGCUGCUGUGUGUGUGUGUGUGUGUGUGUGGACGUAAGGGACAAAAGGGACAAACGAAUGACA